AUGGCCAAACGAAAUACCGAGAUGAACGAGGUCGAUGCCAAGAUGAAGGCAUGUACAGGAAGGAUCAUUAGUUCUGUGCUUGGCAGAUAA